AUGAAGAUGGAAGCCCACAGUGCGUGGAACAUUCCACCUUCUCAAUUCCAAGACCUCCGCGCGAGGCUGAGCACAGUCUCGGGAGCCUCGCUUUCCCUGAGCGAUCCCGCGGGAACGGCACCCAAAUUCGUCCCGGAAGCCACGGUACUCCCCCGUGGACGGCUCCCGGCUGCCCGGCAUGCUCAGCAGGCACGAGGACGCUGCCCAAGCUCGGCACCCGCAGAAGCUGCCGUCUCCGAGGCUGCACCGACCGGGUGCCCGGCGCCCGGUGACACGGCCCCCGAGGCGGGAAAGCCGGCUGCGCGCCCGCCCCGCUUCUGGACGCCAGGCCGGAAAGCCCGCGACCACAAGGCCCGCCCCGGUGACCGACGGGGUCCCAGCGCGGCCCCGGCACCGUCUGCGCAAGGGGGGACAGCGACGUGGCCUUUAGAGCCUGACGGCGGAGUUCCCCAAGACGGUCCGGCUGUCAGGCUCCCGCCGCCGGGCCCGCAAAGUGCCGCCGCCCUCGGACAAUGGCUGUCUCGCCCCCGCCCGGCGCGCAGCGACCGGUGUCCCUCGGGAGCUCCGGGACCGACGCUCCCCCCGCCCCGGGCUCACCUGCAGGUCGCCGCCCUCCGCCCCGCGCCGCUCAGAGGCGGGCCCCGCGAGGCACAGGCCCGACCUCAGCACACGCCCUCAGGUCCCCGUCGCCGCCUGCCGCCCAUUCGACCCCGCGCUCCGGCCGGAAGCGGAGUGACGCGCUUCCGGGGGAGGGGCUCCGAGCAGCCGCGCCGCGGCCCCGGGCCUCGCGCAGAGGAGGCGGCCUUCCGCCCGGGGCAGCCCUGGCGGCGGGAAAGAGUUAAUGCUACCGAGUGUCCCGGCCCGCCGCGGCCUAGAGGGGCCUGUGCGCGGCUCGGCGAGCGGCUGUCGCCGCCUCGCGUCGCCGCUCCGGGAGGCGCUGCGCCCCCGGCGGCGCCCGGUGCCCGGGAGCCCCUCCCGGCGAGGGUGGUCGCCCCUGCGCGCGCGGGGUCCCCGGCCUUCCCGGGGCUUCCGUCCGGGUCACGAUCGGCGGCCCCCAGAGGGCUCGUCCCUUUUCUGGGCCGCGCGUCCCCCACGACGAUUACGUUUUCCUCGUGAGCCCCUGCUGUUUCAGAGCCAAGCUCUUCCCAGGAAUGCGGAAGGGACAGGAACGUGAGGGAUAACGCAGCCAUGUGAAGCCUGUCUGGGGUACGAAGGGCACCGCGAGCAGAGGGAGGGACAGCGGAAGCUGAUGGCACUUGCCAGGACGCAGCGGCCUCUCCGCGCCACGCUUCUCACUCACUGGACAGACAGGACACAUCCUACACUGCGGACUUAACGAACGAAGGUGGCUCUGAAAGACACAAGUGCCUUUGAGGUGCCUGCCAGAUGGCAGACAGUGGGGAUUGUGCAGUGAACGGGACAGGCGUGGUCCAUGGCCUGCUGCAGCCUACACGCCAUGGGCAAAGAGACGACAAACAAACAAAGAUACUCCCAGAUGAGUGCUCUGCAGGAACGAGCCCUCUGAUGUGAUGGAGAAUGACGGUGGGCAGCUGGGAAGUGGUACCGCCUCUCCGAGGGGAUGUUCACCGUAUUGUAUGAUCACCAGCUCUCUCCAGUUCCAGAACAAUUUCAGCCCCCAACAGGAAACUGUCCAUUAGGAAGUUACUUCUCAUUCUCUCUAUGGAUUUACCUGUUGUGGAGAUUUCAUAGAAAGGGUAUCACCUUCCGCACCUGCCCCCUCUCAUUUAGCAAGUUUAAGUCUGUAUCACCACUUUUCUUGCCUAAUAUUCCCUCACAUGAGCAGACAUGGCUGGCCGUGUACGUGUCUUACAGUGAAGCACCGUAUACGUUUUGAGGCCGUCCAUGGCCACUGCUGCCUUUUAUGUUUAAUUGAAAACUUCCAUUAUAGGGUACUCGGUGAUUAUAUUUUAUUAAAAAAAAUUUUUUUGA